AUGCUUGAUGUAAAUGCACGCUGCAGCACCUCAACGGAAUUCAACUAUCCAGCUCUUAAUGGAUCAUUGGGUUGGAAACAAGGAGAUGAAGAGGGAAAGUGGGCUCAAAAAGCUAUAGAAACUCUGGUUAAAAAGUUGAAAAAACGAAAAGGUGUUCUUGAGAGCCUGCAAUACGCCCUUACCCAUCCUAACGAGCCUAGUGAAUGUGUCACUAUACCCCGAUCGCUGGAUGGACGUAUUCAGGUCUCACAUCGGAAAGGCUUUCCACAUGUAAUAUAUUGUCGAGUAUGGCGCUGGCCCGACCUGCAAACCCAUCAUGAACUACGAUCUGUUGAAUCUUGUAAAGUCCCAUUCAAUUCAAAGGAACCCGAAGUUUGUAUCAACCCUUAUCACUAUAUGAGAAUCGAUUAUCCCGGUAUGUGA